AUGACAACUCUCAUUGACCUAAUUGGAGUCGUGGACAAUCUGGGAGAGGAGCAGCCAGUCCUCAACCGACGAGCAGCGAUAUUGGGUAUAGUAAUAUCGUUCCAGAUACUCACGACGAUAUGCGUAAUUUUCAGAUUAUACACGCGCUUUUUUAUCAUGCGCUCUCCAUGGUGGGAUGACCUCUUUGUUGCGCUGAGCUUGCUUUCCGUCACAAUCGGAGGCAUAGCCAUGUGCGUCAUGACCACUACCGGCAUGGCCAACGCGACAUACCCCGGCUCGACAGCGUUCAUCAAACUGGCCUUGCUCUUCCAGUACCUGCGGAUCUACGAGAGAGGAUCAAAAUUCUACAUAGCCACGCUCGCGAUGAUCGCCUUCACAAGUCUUUGGGGCUUGGCCUACAGCGUACUAGGCUGGAUUCCAACAGUGCCUGUCGCUGCAUUCUGGCAACUGGAGAUGCCGGCUACGCGAUACGGAUACGGGUCCCUUGAUGUCAAGAGUUUCGUGGGAACAUAUGAGAGCCAUGCUGCAGUCAACAUGCUUCUUGAUGCUGUCGUUCUCGCCAUUGCGGUGCCCAUGUUUUUCAAGCAAGGCAUGAGGAAGAAUUCUUACUGGGGCCUUUUAGGGCUGUUCGUCCUUGGCGGAAUUGUCAACAUGCUAUCCAUCUGGCGAUUACAAAGUAUUGUCGAAACGCGAGCCGCGACACUGCCUGCCUUCGAUCCGACGUGGUAUGGCACAACCCCAAUUGUGCUGUCAUGCAUGGAGGUGGACCUAGCUGCCAUUUGCGCAUCCCUCCCAGUGUUUUGGCCAGUCAUCCAGAAGAGCAUCGGCUCGGUUAUCAUAGUCACACAUGAGGUGAAGAUCACGCGCGAACAGCGACGGACCGGCGAUGGGAACACGAGCAACGAAAACGUUGAUUUGCGCCGACAGCGGUCUGAAGAGGUAUUGUUGGAGGAUGGAGAUUCAUUGCCGAUACAAAUGAAUAGGUUUUCGUUCGGCAGUGGUGAUUACUACCGGAACUCUUUUACGUCUAAGCAGCAAACGGGCGGCCCUGUUUCAUCAUUAGGAAGAGUCACCUCGACACGAGUGCAGUGCAAGGCCACCGACGAGAAUGCAACAGUUUCCUGA